GGUAAUGUUCGUGCAUGUCAAUCCCACCAACAGUAUUGUCCCAUUCAGUUCUCGCGCGUGAUUCUACUCGCACCAAGUCUUUCCUUUUCAGUGAGAGUCUUUCCUUUAAUUUUUCAAUGGCUCAAUUCGAUUUCCCUCUGUCCGAGCCUACCACCACCACCGCAGUUCCUCCAUCAAUUCCGCCCUCAGCCGACAUGGAAGCCUCUGUCUUCGCCGUUCAAAGAAUAUUAAACUAUGGUUUCAAAAACAAACGCCUUCUCGAGGAAGCCUUGACGCACUCCUCUUAUAAUGACUCCGCCUCUUAUCAGCGCCUCGAGUUUAUCGGUGACGCGGUUUUAGGACUCGCCUUGAGUAAUCAUUUUUUUCUAGCUUAUCCUCAACUCGAUCCUGGCCAGUUGUCCCCGCUGCGUGCCGCUAAUAUCAGCACGGAGAAGCUUGCGCGAGUGGCGAUCAGGCAUGGCCUUUAUCGCUUUGUCAGGCAUAACGCUGCUUCUCUCGAUGAUAAGGUUAGGGAGUUUACUGAUUCUGUGAGUGAGGAAGAUGAUGCUGUUGCUUAUUAUGGUGGCUCUGUGAAGGCACCUAAAAUUCUUGCUGACAUUGUGGAAUCUGUGGCUGCUGCUGUCUAUGUUGAUCUCGAUUUUGAUCUCCAGAAGUUUUGGGUGAUAUUUAGGGAACUUCUAGAGCCCAUUGUUACGCCUGAAGAUUUGCAGCAACAACCGCAACCAGUGACAAUGUUGUUUGAGCUGUGCCAAAAGCAGGGGAAGGAGUUGGAUAUCAUACAUUGGAAAAAAGAGACAAAAAGUAUUGUUAGUGUAUAUGUUGAUGGAGAAUUGGUUGCCUCUGACUCAUCAGAGCAAAAAGAAAUUGCAAAGCUUAAUGCUGCCAAGGGAGCUCUGCGCAAAUUAUCACAUUCUAUGCCUUCUAAUGAUGGUCUAGCUGAUAUCCUGGAAAGCAUCAGUGGAUCAUUUGAGAUUGAAGGAGCAAAACAGAAGUUGUAUGAUAUCUGUGGCAAGAAACGAUGGCCGAAACCUAGUUACAACAUUGAGGAAGAAAUGGGCCCUGCACAUGACAAAAAGUUUAUAUGCUCAGUUCAGAUUGCGACUAUUGAUGGUGUGUUCUACAUUAAGGGAGAAGAGAAAACAAGAGUAAAAGAGGCAGAAAGCUCUGCAGCUUCAUUAAUGAUACGAGCUUUGCAGGAAUCAAAUCACCUAUGAUUCUCUUGUCCUCAAAAUUGAGAUGUUAUACAUGGUAGGCUUUUUAUCUGCUUCUGUUAAAUGGUUAGGCUGGAUUAGCACUUACUUUCAUUGAGAUGUUCGUAAAGCUGUGCAAACCAUCGACUUAAGAUUUUUGAAUUGCUCUCUUUUUUGGUCAGGAUUCAGGAUUGUCCUUUGAUAUUAAAGUGUACUAUCAUUCCCAAUUUUUUAUUUAGUUUUGACCUAUUUGUAUAACAUGCCUUUGGCGACCGGAUAUAUGGUAUUGCCAUAAUUGUUAACAUUGUGCUUAACCUAGUUGGUAUUUAUCAGCCAAGGUGAGGGAGAAGCUAGUUUCAUGUAUAAUUUGUUCCA